AACUCCUAUGAAAAUGAGAUGUGGAGCGCCAGGCGGCUGACUGUGACGCUCUUCCUUCCUUCCUUCCUUCCUCUCCUCCUCUCCUCUCCUCUCCCAUCCCAUCCCACCCAGUGAGUGAAAAGCGAGUCACACUGCCACUUCAAUCUGUGUUUGCUUUCAAUCUCUGCAGGAGCGCCGUCACCCAAGAUUUUCUUGGUUUUGGAACAGCUAUGCGUAAAAAGGCGCACCGUUCGCCGUGACGCAUGGCCGCUACUUUGGACGGAGACGACUGACAACCUUUCUCGAGAGAUUUUGGAGGACUAUUGUGUCACCUGUUGUGUACCAGGAUUUUAUACAGUAUGAAGGUCGUGUGCCUAUGGUUGUUGUGCAUCAUGGAUCUAUCAGGUGCCGUCAUUGACUUAACAAUGAUAUCCACCGCAGAGGUCAUCCAAGUCAAACGCUUCUCCAUCUCAUGUAUUAACGGCGAGCGCACCUCUGCCCACGUGGAACUGGACAUCAAGAGAGACAACAAAAUCCUCAUAUUCCCCAAAAUGCCAAACUUCAAACUGCAUAAGCCGAGGAACAAGAACGUUGUGGCCAGAGACUUCCGAGAUUUGGAUAACGUGGGUAUAUUUUACUGUGAAUCGGCACAGGAAGUCCCUCCGCUGGAGACGGUCACAUUGAUCAACAACUUUGCCAGAGCCAAUUUUGUCCCAACCCACUUGACAAUUACGGCCAACAGAGGAGAAACUGUUCACCUCAGCAUGGUGCUGCUGAGCUCCCAAAAGAGGGAUGUGACCUGGAAGUACAAUGGAAAUUACUAUUACAUGACUCACUGGAACGACAUGGUCAACCACACGGCGGUGUUGACGGUGGAAAAUUCAGCUUUGGCCAAUCAAGGCAUCUACAGUGCCAGCUAUGUGGGGGACAGUCCUCUUCAGGGUGCCUGGAUGAGACUCAUUGUCCGAGCUUGUCCAAAUAAGAAAUGGGGUCCUUACUGUGACAAGGACUGCCCCGACUGCCUCAAUGGUGGAGUGUGUCAUGAUGUGGAUGGAGACUGUAUCUGCCCUCCUGGAUUCAUGGGGACACGCUGUGAGACAGCGUGCAGAGAAGGAAUGUUUGGGCGAAAUUGCCAAGAAUCAUGCAGCUCAGAGCUGGACUGCAAGGGGCUGCGCUUCUGCCUACCAGACCCUUAUGGUUGUUCUUGCGCUAGCGGCUGGUUCGGGAACCGAUGUGAGAAGGCCUGCCAUAAUGACAUGUAUGGCCCAGACUGCAGGCUGAGCUGUAGAUGUCAGAAUGGAGGCAUGUGCAAUCGCUUUAGUGGCUGUCAGUGUCCCACAGGAUGGAGGGGACAAAACUGUGAAAAAUCUGACAGGGCCCCAGAGAUUUUGGAUUUGGACAGUAAUUUGGAGUGGAACCUCAAUUCAAGCCCAAAGAUCUACUGUUCAGCUACAGGCAAUCCGCUGCCCAGUCAUAACAGCAUUGAGCUACGAAAGCUGGACAGCACUGUGCUCAAGGCAUCCCACACCGUCAUGGAUUCAAAUAAAAGUAUCGCCAUGUUUGAGAUUCCACGACUGAGUGCUGAGCAAGGAGGCUUAUGGGAGUGCAGGGUGUCGACCAACGGAGGCCAGGACUCACGCAAAUUCAAUCUUACCGUCAAAGAACCACCCGUUCCCACCACUGCUCCCAUACUGCUGGAGAAAAGGAGCAAGCAGCUGGUUGUCAUGCCCAUGGACGGCCACAAAGGAGAUGGGCCCGUUGUCUCCACCACGCUCCUCUACAAGCCUCUGGGAAAUGAAGAUUCUUGGUCCUCCAUCAUCGUGUACAGUGACAAAGAACCCAUCACACUGAUGAACCUGGAGCCUUCAACACGCUACCGUGUGCAGGUCCAGCUGACUCGCCCUGGCGCCGGAGGAGAAGGGGCUCCAGGGCCAGAAGCCAUCAUGGAGACUGAGUGCCCCGAGCCCACAGUUCAACCCGAGAUUGACAUCAGCUUGGUGGAAGGUCGCAAUGUCACUGUGCGAUGGCGACUGGCCGCCAACAGCGGCGUUAAUGGCGACACAGCCAGUGGCUUUUUAGUGCAGCUCUUCGGGCCGCCACCUCACAGGGAGAAACUCCUGGAAGAGACCACCCUGUUAAAUGUUCUGUCCAAAAGGUUCUCCAACAUGGAGUAUCAACAAGACUACACAGUGGCGGUGCGCCUUAUCAACUGUGGCAGCCAGGGGCCUCCUUCCAAAGCCUACCACAUCCGUAUCAACAGCCAGGGCCCAUCGGCCCCACGUAACGUCCAGGCCCUGUCCUUGUCCCCGUCAGCCAUCCAGUUGAGGUGGCAGCCCCCCGAGGACGUCAACGGAGGCGUCACCAAAUACGUCAUUGAGUACCAGCCGGUGGCCCAGGGGAGCCCGCACCUUUGGGUGGACACGGAUGACGGGAACAAGACCGCCAAAGACGUGACGGCGCUCAACGGAAGCACGCUCUACCAGCUGAGAGUCAGGGCUUUUUCCAAGGUGCCAGGAGAGUGGAGCAACUUUGUUCGAGCCGCUACACAAGGAGAUGGGCUGGAAAGUUUAACACCGACCACCCAGGGUGUGUCUGGGAAACCUGCGGGGGACAACUACCAGCUGUUGGUGGCAGUGGUGGCCUCUGUUACAGUCACGUGUGUGACCAUCUUGCUGGCACUGCUUGCGCUCUUCUUCAUCCGCAAAACUCUACUCAAUCGUCGUCGCACAUUCACCUACCAGUCUGGAUCGGGUGAGGAGACAAUUCUGCAGUUUAACUCUGGAACGCUGACCCUAACCCGAAGACCUAAGCCCAUCCCGGAACCCCUUACGUAUCCGAUCCUGGAAUGGGAAGACAUUAAAUUUGAGGACGUCAUCGGUGAGGGCAACUUUGGACAGGUGAUCAAAGCCAUGAUCAAGAAGGAUGGCAACAAGAUGAGCGCAGCCAUCAAAAUGCUGAAAGAGUUUGCCUCCGAAAAUGACCACCGAGACUUUGCAGGAGAACUGGAAGUGCUUUGUAAAUUAGGCCAGCAUCCCAACAUCAUCAACUUGAUUGGAGCCUGUGAAAACAGAGGUUACCUGUACAUUGCCAUCGAAUACGCGCCUUACGGCAACCUUCUCGACUUCUUAAGAAAGAGUCGCGUGUUGGAGACUGACCCCGCCUUUGCCAAGGAGCACGGCACGGCCUCGACGCUCACCUCCCAACAGUUACUGCAGUUUUCUGUUGAUGUGGCCACUGGGAUGCACUACCUCAGUGACAAACAGUUCAUUCACAGAGAUUUGGCUGCCAGAAAUGUUCUGGUUGGUGACAGCCUUGUGGCAAAGAUAGCUGACUUCGGUCUGUCCCGUGGUGAGGAGGUUUAUGUUAAGAAGACAAUGGGUAGGUUGCCUGUUCGCUGGAUGGCCAUUGAGUCUCUCAACUACAGUGUGUAUACAACCAAAAGUGAUGUGUGGUCUUUUGGAAUUCUCCUUUGGGAAAUUGUAAGCCUAGGUGGCACGCCAUAUUGUGGAAUGACGUGUGCUGAGCUUUAUGAAAAACUGCCACAAGGCUACAGGAUGGAGAAGCCCAAGAAUUGUGACGAUGAAGUGUACGAGCUGAUGAAACAGUGCUGGAGGGAUCGGCCCUACGAAAGACCCCCUUUCUCCCAUGUCUCGGUGCAGCUGAACAGGAUGCAAGAGGCCAGAAAGGCCUACGUGAACAUGGCACUUUUCGAGAACUUUACUUACGCUGGAAUAGACGCUACUGCGGAGGAGGCCUGACUACCAGCCCCCCCAGGCCCUGGCAUGCCACAUCACCUCAAGAAGAAGCCCAAAAGAUUGUCACCACGUUACUGCCACCUGCCCGCUGCUCACCGCAGAGACAGGAGAAGCAGACGCUCUCUCAAAAGCACCCAGUUGUAGAUGGAAGACUGUGAAAGGACACUGUGUCGCUAUCCGACCGAGGCCGUAGCAGCUGUGGUGCGGAGCGUGGCCUCGGAUGGAAGAAAUCACCAGCGAGCCAUGGUUUUGGGAAGCUUUGGGCUUUUUCUUGUUGGAGAUGUUCCACUUUUGACCUGGUGUCAAAGGUUACGGAGUUACACUAUGUGGCUUGCUGUUACACCACAGGGUCUGUGGGGUGCUCAUGCUGGACCUUAUUUGCUCUCAAAGAAGCAGACAAUCAUUGCAGCUCUCAAACCUACAAUGUAGCACUUAACACCAUUCACUGCCAUGUCAACUACUGUACAGUACACUGUUUCUUAUCAAAAACAUGGAUAGACUGAAUGUAAUUGCAGUCAACACAAAUGCACUCAUCGCUGUCUAAGUGUUGGAUGGCGUGUUGCAAAACAAUUUUUUACUGUCUGUUUUUGGUCAUUUCUUUCUUCACCUACAAACUGCAAUACAGGUCACUGUUUGGAAUCUUGCAUACGUUACAGAACUCACCUUUUACUUUUUGUUCAAUGAUCAAACCUGUUUGUGUUUGAUUUUUUCAUUUGAUUGCUUUGUGUAACACAAUAUACCUUUUUCCCUAUACCAAUUGUACAUCUUUUUGGAAUGUUAUGUACGUUACAUAACUGGAAUGAGAUUAUGCUUUAGUUCAAAGUUUCGCUGUUUUGUUUUUUACCUGUGAAUACUCAGUAAAGUGCCCUGCAAUCCCAAUGUAUUAUCAAA